UCUAAUACUCGAUUUUAGCUGGAUAGGGGCGAGAAACUGAUGAAAACUAAAUGUAAAAAAGAAAGAAAAGGAAAGCUUCAAAAAUUUCACGGUAAUUCCUCCAAAUUCUCUUUCACCCUAAAAUUCCUCCAAAAUACUUUCAGGCUAAAAUCUCUAAGAGGCGGCCGCUAAACUUUGUCAAAAUUCAUAAGGUCAAAUUAGAACUCAGAAGGUUGCAAAGAACUCAUAAGGUUGGUGUCUAAAAUUCAUCUCUCCAAGAGACUUUACACAAAUUAUACCAUUAGAUUAUCCGCCUAAACAAGAGUUUGAUAUGAAACCAUCAAAGAAUGAAAAUGAGGUGGCAUCCACUUUGAAAGCUGCUACCAAAUAUGCGUUUGUUGCACCAGGUGCUAUAGGGAAGGGACGAAGGAGAGGGCUUAAAUCUCUGAGCUCUUUAGGGGUAUCUAGAACAGAUAUUCCAUUUUUUCCAUCUACUGAUCAAGUUAUGCAGUACAACCAAAUUGUUGAAACGACGAAGGGACGAGGGCGAGGGCUUCGAUCUAUGUGCUCUUUGGGGGUGUCUGGAAUGGGACCAACGAAUAAAAAUCCAUUGGUUUUUGAGAAAGGGCAUAUGAAAACUAAUAUUCCAUCUUUUUCAUCUACUGAUGACGUUAUGCAAUACAUCCAAAAAAAUUCAGCAAGUGCUCUAGGAAAAAGGGACGAGGGUAAGAGCUUAGAUCUAUGUGCUCCCUUGAAGAAUCUGAAAAUGAAGAGCGAUCCUUCCAUCAAAAUACUCAUUAUAAUUGUCGAAGCAUGUCAAGACCUUCUAAGAGUACCAUGUCUGCCGCUCAAGAAUUGCGAAUAGUGAAUAAAAACCCUUUGGUUCAUGACAAGGAGAAUAUGCAAACUGAUAUUUCAUUUUCUCCUUAUGUUAAUCAAGUUAUGCAAUCCACCCAAAAAGUUGAAACAAGUAUGGUUUAUCAAAUCUAUUCAUUUUUAAGAAUUUAAUUUAA